AUGCGCUCCGAGAUCUCGCCUCGGCCCCUUCGCUCGGCCAUGCGGAAACCUGCCGCCUCGGCUACAUCCUCUUCCCCGGCGAUGGCGACCGGUUCUGAUGUGUUGCCGCAAGGGAUCAACUGCAGGAAGAGGACAACGCAAGCCGCUGAUCGACAAGAAGAUGAUCAGACCGUCAGCGCCAAGAAGACUCCAACUCCCGUAAAGAAGCGCAUUGCGUCGGUGACCGCAUCUCCCGGCCCGAAGACCUCUGCAAAGGACGUCGCCAAGACCACUUCUACUGCCCAAGUGACGCUGAACACGGUUCUGCCGCCCGUCCCGGAGCCCAAGAUCCCGAAGAAGAUUUCGAUAUUGGCGCAACUCGGCGCUUGUUCAACGAAAGGAAAUACGACCACCACCACCACCACGGCUGCUUCAUCGACCCUUCUCAACGUGAUCCCACCAACGGCUUCAUCCAACCCAAAUGAAGCGACGAAGAGCCCGGCGAAAUCGGUCUCCAAAGUGUUCUGCCCCCGGCCGGUGCCUCCUCUUCCCUGGAAGAGGAACCAAACCCCGCCCCCGACCACAACAACCGCCAAAGAAAAGACGCUCGACAACGUGGGGAAUCAGCGUCCGAUGCUGCGCACCGUCAAGGCUGAGCCUGUUGAUGAUGUGGUUGUCCCGCCGCCGGCUGUACCGGUUGCUGUCGUAGUGCCACCCGCACCGGUUCCGGUUGCCGUGCCUGUAGCCAUUCCUGUAGCCGUUCCUGUAGCCGCCGCUCCACUGGCCGAAGAGCAAGAUGAGAAUCGACCUAUCGUGGCGCCAUCACUUCCUGUUGCUAUGGCCAACGAAUCGGAAGAAGACAUGAGGGCGAAAGUGGCGUCCCUACAAAAGCGGCUGGCUAAAGCCCUCGAAGCUCGACGUGUACAGAUUGCCGCCACAGCCAAGGUCCGAGGAGAAAAUGCACAUCUGGUUCGACAGCUCGCCGCGCUGGAGGGCAGCAAUGCGAAGGUGCUCGAGCACGCGUGCCGGCUGAGUAUGGAGAAUAUGGAGCUGCGCGAGCAGCUGAAGCGCCACAUGGACACGCGCGACAACAAU